UGUUAAGAUUAAGAGUUAAGCUAGACUCAAGUUUCAGAUAUUAGUUUAUGUGACAACAGUAAAAACUAAAAAGUGUAAAGUUAAAAUUGUGUUUUAAAAUAAUAUGUGAAUGGCACAACAUUUAUUUUAAUAUUCAUUUAGUAAUUUGUAUUUUUUACUUUUAACAUCCGAUAUGCCGAAAAAUAAGAAGAAAGCAGAAAGUUCCAGCAGCGAUAGCGAUGAUGGGCCGGUUGACAAAAACCAGCCCCCAGAGAAGAAGGCAAAGAUGGGUUCAAGAACAAAUGACAAGGAACCAACUUGGGUCUUACAAGGAAAGAAAUUAGUAAAAAUUCGUGAAUUUAAGGGAAAAGUUUAUGUAGACAUAAGAGAAUUUUAUGAAAAGAAUGGGGAAUUAUUACCAGGGAAAAAAGGAAUCAGUAUGACGCCCGACAUGUGGCGGAAACUUUUGUCAUUAUCAGACGAAAUUAAUGAAACUAUUAGUUCGAUGUGUUAGAAGUUAAUCCAUAUGCUUAAUUUUUAAAAAUAAAAUGAUUAAAUAUGU